AUGGCGCCUGGGAAUCUCCUUGAUUACGCAGAGUUUUCAAGCUUCUACAAGAAGAACAGGCUCAUUCUCAGAUAUGAUUCUACCGGCGAGUCAAAGAUUCAGCAUGACUGGUGGGCUCUGGAUCAUGACGAGAUAUCGCGAAAGUUGAGAGAGAUUUCUGAUAUGACUACCUCAGUCAUGGAAGGGGUUCCCAGAGACGACCUGGAGGUUCAAGCACUCCUAGAUAUGGGAGAGUCUAUAUACAAGAUCAAAAGGAGCAAGACUUUCAAUGUUGCCCUGAGUGGUCCUCAGGGAGCUGGUAAGAGCACAUUCCUGAACAGCCUGCUUGACUGUCCAGGGCUUUGCUUGUCUGCGUCAGAUGGAGGAGCCUGCACGAAUGCCGUCAUCCGAUAUGUCUACUACCAAGGAGCUACGGAACAUGCUGUGCGAGCAGAAAUUCGCUUCCAUCAUCCGGAUCGCAUGAAGGAAAUCGUUGAGGAUCAUUCCCAAGCGUUUUAUCAUUUCAACCAUUUUACCGAUGAGAUUGAGAAUGAAAACGAUUCUGACGACGAAGCUAUCCAAUGCAAGAGGAAGAAACGCCAGCAUGAUGAAGCAGAGGUGAAGGCGAAAGAUACAGCCCAGGAUAUCUUUGAGACUGUGUUUGGGGGAAAGGAAAAGUUCAAAGAAGCAUGGAGCCCCGAAGGAUUCCAAGAUGGGAGCUUUCAAAGGGAGGCAGUGCGUAAAUGUCUUGAAGCUGUGUACAAAGUCAAUUCCAGCGACGAUGGGGUCGUGGUUUACAACGGAGAAUCUGUUGCUGAGCUUUCCAAAAAACUCAGGCCCUUCACGACUAAGGUUGAUAAUGAAUUCUCGCUGUGGCCUCUGGUAGACAUUAUAAGCUAUGGUCUGAACAGGGAGCUCCUGAAGCAAGGCUUUGAAUUUAUCGACCUACCUGGGUGGGGCGACAGGAAUGCACUGAAAGAGCGACACGCUGACGAAGUUCGAUCUGCAGUUGAUCUGGAGAUAAUUCUGGUUGACACCAUCAGAAUUACAACUGAAGAUUCAGCCAUUAACAAGAUUCGAGCUGCCCUUCACGGCCGUGGUGCUGAAGGCGUCAUCAUUGCAGCAACAAAGGUCGACUCACUGCAAGACAACGAACUUGACACAUGUGAAGGCGAAGACUUUAAUUACGUUAAUUCCCAGGUGCAAUGGGCUGCAGCUAUGAGAAUUGAGGCUUUAGAUGACGGAGAUGACGAACAAGAUCGACUGCUCACAAAUUACUCAGCCUACUUGAACCUACAGCGAAAGGCUAUGAAACACGCCCAACGGCGGGCAAGUAUCAACCUUAAGUUUAAUGGGAAAUUCGAAGACAUCAUUGGAACAGAUGAUGUUCGGAUUUUUCAUAUCUCUGCGACUGAGUAUUUGAAAUGGAUCACCAGGCCAAAGUACCCGUACGCACAGCAGCCUGAGUUGUCGCCUGAGGAUACUGGAGUCCCUGCACUCCGAAAGUAUCUGUUCGAUUUGCCAGCUGCUAGCAAUUUGCGAGAUUGGCGUUAUCAGGUAUUUAAUGAGCUUGAUUCCUUUUUGGAGAAAAUCGAUCGAGUGGUAAAUGAGAAGGACCGCAGCGAGGGGUUUAAGACCUUGGCUGCAGACUUUGCAGCAUACCGAACCAAGUUCAGAGCCAAAAUGCAAAAGGGUAUCGGAUCAUACCUCGAGACCUCUUUGGAGAACCUAAUGUCCGAUCCUAUUGCAAAUUCCACCUUCAGAGACGAGAUCAACAACUUGGUACAAUCUCAGUGGUUGAAAUAUCCAUAUGGCGCAUUCAAUCGCGUCUUGAGAGAUGGAGGGUGUGUCACUAAAGGAAUGUCCCAGGCGCAAUCUCUGGUGGAUGGGGUUGAUUGGAACAAAGACCUGCCCGACGAAUUCACAACUAUACUCAACUUCUGGAGACAAGGACAAAGGGAGAUGAACGGUGAAUUAAGGGCUGCCUUGACACACUUCUAUCGUCAAUUCCACGCAGAAACCCAGCACGCAUUGCAACAUGCCAACUCUGACCUCACGGCAAUUUCUAUUGCUAAGGCCAGAUGGCUUUCCUACAAGAAAAAGCUCCUCUCAAGCAUAGAGCUCUUCAUUAAAGAGCUACAGUCUCUGCAGAGUCGGCUUUACAAAGGUGUGCUUAUGAUCGAUGGCCGAAAAAACACUCUUGUCCCUAUUCUUACGACGCCUCUUUUCGCAAAGAUAUACAGAUCUUUGCCAGCCACAAGGCCCAAGAGUACUCCAAAGAAGCGGCUAUACGUGGAGCCUAAAACUCGAUUCCAGAAGAAAUGCCUCUUGAACGAAUUUUGCAAUCCUGUGAACCACAUAUUCGAUCAAGUUAUGAGAUCCUUCCAAAAAAGUGCCAAGAUUCGAUUCGAUUCUAUAUUUGAGGGAAAUAUUCAGUUUGCCGAUGCUAUUCUGGCGAAUUUCCAGCAGAAACUUCAAGACCUCGUGCCAGUGCCUUACGAGGUGACACAUCGUGGUCAAAGCAUUCGCGACUCUCUCCAAGAUAUGUUACCCGAUCUUAGGACGAAGGCAGCCGCUCUUCAAGGGAUGGUGCCAGUCGAGAUUUUGGACAUGAGUAAUACCGAUGAUGACUCUGAUUUAUCAACACAUCUCUUAGGUCAAGACCUUUCGUACUUCAUCGACAAGGCUAGGGCAGCCAGAAGCCAAUCUUCCAAGCCAUCGGUGAUCACAAAGCCGAAACGCAAGGAAGUCCUGGUGAAACAAGAGGAGGUAGAAGAGGACGAGUGUCUCUUCACAGCUAGCUUCCAACCCAGCAAGAAGAGGAAGCUGAAUUAAAAGAGCGUCUUCUGAUCCACUUCGCAUCAACACUCACAUAAACUGGAUUCUCGGCAAAUCGUCCAUUUAGUUCCCAAAGUUUUC